UUUUGUUUCGUUUUGUGAUUUCGACUAAAAUUCACCACUUUGAACAAUAAUGGUGAAUAUAAAUUCAAAUGAGAAAACUGCCAUAUUUUGUGUCACACGAGUGAAGAAAAAGAAGAAUUUGUUUACAUUUUACCGCAAAAACAAGAAUUGUUUCCUGAAAAAGAAGAUUCCUUAUCUUAAAUCCGAAAAAUAGACUAUCAGAAUAUUCUAUUAAGUACCAAAGAUUCUCAAAGUAUCAUGGAAGAUGCAAUAGAGUGCUUGUGCCAAAAAAUAUGGGAUGUCCUGGAUGUGGAAAAAGAAAAGUUUGUUCAUGGCUGGAGAAGGGUUGAGGAAAUUACUGAAAAAGUAUCAUCAAUACCCCUCAAUAUUAGAUUAUUACUAGCAGCAGUUGGAUUCUAUGAUCCAAUCCAACUGUCCACUCUUACUGAAAAAGAACUUGAAAUUGCUGAAUCUCGUACCUGUAUCGAUAUUGGGAUGAUGCAGGAGGCAUCCUGUGGAAGCGAUCACAAUUGUGAAGAAGCAAUGAGAAAGGGUCUAUGGGGCUCUUACUACAACAGACCAGAAUCCUUUUACAUCAAACCAGGCUACAAAAACGUGCUUCUUUUGAUCAGCAGAAUGAUAAAAGAAAACCGAGAUUCAGAAAGUUUUGGAAGAAGUUAUUCUGACGUUACGCCUGAAAAGAAACCUCAAAUUGAUCAUGCAAACAACAGCUUGGUAAAAAAUAAUAUAGGCCAUGGAGGCCAUGUCCAAAGUGCAGUGCAGUCUUUUCCGCAUGAUAAGAAUACCUACGAUACUUUACUUCGGAAAAUUAAUAAAUGGAUCAUGAGCAAGAAUACCAAUUGCUUAAAAAAUUACCCCGUUCUGAAUAUAAAAUUUAGUUCGAGAGGAGGAGCUGAAAUUACAUGUCCGUUCUGCGAUAAUAAUAUACGAGCAACCUAUCAUAAUCGUAAAUGGGUCACAUCAAACUUUCAAAAGCACUAUGAGAAGCACUUUUCGUCUAAGGUGAAGAAAGAUCAACCAGCUCAAGAUGAUAGCAUCGGUACAUGCAAACCAGUAAUGGUGAAGACAGAAGAUCUCCAAAUGGAAACAAAUGAGGAACAUUCCGAAGGAGAUCCUCUUUAUUUUUAAGACCUUGAAUACCUAAUCUUUAAAUUAAUUUAAUUUAAAGAAUUUAAUGAAAGAAAUAGGUUUUCCCAUGUAAAUUUACCUAGGGGAAAGUACUCUCCCUUCGAACGUUCAUGUCUUCGAAUCCUUCGAAUAAUGUGAAUUUUCUUUUAGUUUUCCUAACGGCGUUAUCACACUAGCACAUUAAAAUUUUAAUGUGAUUCACAUUAAUUGUCGCUUGUGAGCGUCCAAAUAUGUUAUUUGUGUCUUUGAGUCACUUAAUAUUUGGGGUUUUUCUAUUUAUUGAUAAAGAAGUGGACUUGACCUGCAAAAGUAAAUUUAAAUUUACCUAAAGCAUAAAUAUUUCUCACAUUAAAAAAUUAAAGAGAAAAUCGCAUUAAUUUUUCGCAUUAAUGCUAUAAAUCAAUUUAUAUCAAAUUUUGCGGGCCAAGUCUACCUUUUUAUCAACAAAUAGAUCAAAUUUUGAAUAUAAAAUGAUUCAAAAUACAAAUUACACAUUUGGACACUCACCAACGACAAUUAAUGUGAAUCAUAUUAAAAUUUUAAUGUGCAAGUUUGAUAAUACAGUAAGAGACUUAUACAUUUCUAUUAAGUAUUAGUUGGCUUAUCAUAAAUUGUUGAUAAUUCCGUGAUAAUUUAGUGUUAAUCUCUUAUGAAAAGCAAAAUAAAUCCACAUUAUUCGCAGGCGUGAACGUUCGAAGGGAGAGCACUUUCCCCUAUAUUUUGUUAUUUAUUUUUGAUGUUUUUUUUUUAAAUUAAAAAAAAAUUGUCUAAUUUUCAGUGGCUGUAUUGAAUUAAAUUUUAUGUGAAUAAAAUGCAGAAUGAUUUAUUAAUUAUAUACCUUUUUAAGAAAAGGUAAAAUAAA